AUGUGCAUUCUCGUUGGAACGUUUCUGCUUACAAGCUAUCAUCAUGUCUCGCACACCUGCAAGACUUUUGCUGUGUGCUCAGGCACUCAGCUGAUAGGUGGCUGCUACUCGAAUGCGUUACCAAAUUGGGGAUCACGGCCAAAUCCCACAUCGGAGCUCACAAGGCAAUGGAUCGAGAUGUCCGUAUUCUUGAACGCUGUGUUCGCAGUGCUACUACCAGUAUUUGCCGUCGCUGUGCUCAACAUUUCGCUUGUUCGGCUGUUGAAAAAGCGGAAUACUCAGGAAUUGCUGGUGCACACUGUGAACACGAAUCCAUCGACAAGGCACGAGCAAGAGAGGAAAAUGACGCAUACCGUACUCGCAAUAGUCACAUGCUUCUCGUUGACUCAAGGGCCGUCAGCGCUGGUGUUCAUCUACCAGCUACUCUACCCCUCCUCCAGGUCAGGUUUCUUACGAUCCCAGUCGAAGUCGCAAGUGACACAGAAGACAUCACUGAUGUAUUCACCGAGUUCGCGUGUGCGAUCGUCGACCGAGUCGGAGAUGAUCCUGAUGAAGAAACGCUCUCGUUCU